AGCCACAGAGCAGCGGAUUGGAGGAGAGGCCCGGAAACGGAGCUUGGCGGCCAAUGGAUGCUGCUUUCUCUUCCGUGUAGCUCUGCCGCGGAGGGCGUGUAGCUGGUCGCUGUAGCAACCAUGGGGAGCUUGUUACAGUUUCUGAAGUUGGUGGGGCAGCUGAAGAGAGUGCCACGAACAGGCUGGGUAUACAGAAAGGUAGCAAAUCCAGAGAGUGUCUCGGAUCAUAUGUACAGGAUGGCAAUCAUGGCUAUGGUAACCGAAGAUAAAACACUCAAUAAGGACAAAUGUAUUCGACUGGCUCUGGUUCAUGAUAUGGCUGAAUGUAUAGUUGGCGACAUAGCUCCUGCUGACAAUAUAUCCAAAGAGGAGAAACACAGAAGAGAAGAGGAAGCUAUGAAACAUUUGACCGAAUUGCUGUCAGAAGAUCUGAGAAAAGAAAUUUUUGACUUGUGGGAAGAAUAUGAAUGCCAAUCUAGUGAAGAAGCAAGGUUUGUAAAACAGUUGGACCAGUGUGAGAUGAUCCUUCAAGCCUUGGAGUAUGAGGAGCUAGAGAAAAGACCUGGAACACUUCAAGACUUUUAUGACUCAACAACAGGAAAAUUUAGUCACCCAGAAAUAGUCCAGCUUGUGUCUUCGAUAAAUGCAGAAAGAAGUACAAAAAUAGCUGCGGCAAACAACGAUCUUCCAUCCUGAGUCACCUAUGAAAUGUAUUUAGCUGUAUCUAAAAUAAAUUAUUUUAUGAUCCCUGUA